AUGCCUAUGGAGGCUUUCUCCGUAAAGUCGCUCACUGCAACCACCAUUCCCUCCUCCUUGUCACAUCGAGGGGCCACUGAGAAACCUUGUGCCCAUGUUAACCUUUCACAUUUCACGAGGUACCCUUGUGCCACGAGAUCAACAAAACACAAAAUUCGUUGCACUAGAGCUCAAGCUUCAGGUUCAACAAAAUCUAGUGCGGGUACUGCUGAGGGGAUAUCUGAGAAAACAGAUGCCAAGGAUGAAAACUUAGUAUUUGUUGCGGGUGCUACUGGUAGAGUUGGUUCACGGACAGUGAGGGAGCUGAUAAAGCUUGGAUUUAGAGUCAGAGCUGGAUUGCGGAGUGCUCAGAGGGCGGGUGCAUUAGUUAAGAGUGUUGAACAAUUGAAGCUUGAUGGUACAAGUGCAGCUGGAGGAGGACAAGCUGUAGAGAAGCUUGAAAUUGUGGAAUGUGAUUUGGAGAAACCAGAUACAAUUGGAUUGGCAUUAGGCAAUGCGUCAACAGUGAUAUGUAGCAUUGGUGCCAGUGAGAAGGAAGUUUUUGACAUCACUGGACCCUUUCGGAUAGACUAUCAGGCCACAAAAAAUCUAGUUGAUGCUGCAACUGUUGCCAAAGUAAAUCACUUCAUAUUGGUUACUUCACUAGGAACAAACAAAAUUGGCUUUCCUGCAGCUAUCCUCAAUUUGUUUUGGGGAGUCCUUGUUUGGAAAAGGAAGGCAGAAGAAGCACUGUUGGCCAGUGGACUUCCAUACACAAUAGUGAGACCUGGAGGUAUGGAGCGGCCUACUGAUGCUUUCAAGGAAACUCAUAAUAUAACCCUGUCAACAGAAGAUACUUUAUUUGGGGGUCAGGUGUCAAACCUUCAGAUUGCUGAACUCUUGGCAGUCAUGGCCAAGAAUCGUGAUCUAUCAUGUUGUAAAAUAGUGGAGGCAAUUGCGGAGACAACUGCACCGCUGACUCCCAUGGAGGAACUUCUUGCAAAGAUACCAUCUCAACGCCCUUGCACUUCUUCACCCAAGAAACCAGAUAUUGCAGCUGUCAGUAUUCCAGAUCCCCUUGCUAAUAUUGUGACUGCGGAACCUACUGUUUCCACUGAGCAAGAAACUACACAACCUAAACCAGUGGCAAAACAGCCACUUUCUCCCUAUACCACUUAUGAUGAUUUGAAGCCACCAUCAUCUCCUACUCCAUCUCAGCCUGGUGGUGAAAGACAAGAUAAUAUCAGUAAGACAGUGCCAAAACCAAGUGCUUUAGAUACUCCAAGUGGUGUGCCAGGAGUCGGUGGCACCAGUCAGGCAACAUCUUCAUCUAAAGUGGAGAAGCCUCUUUCUCCUUAUGCAGCAUAUCCUGACUUAAAGCCUCCCACUUCACCGUCUCCUAAUACACCAAUUCUAUCAGUUUCCACAUCUGCUGCAGAUGUUGUGCCACAGAGAGACACAAUAUCAAGUAAUGGACCAGCCCAGCUUUCAACAGUAGAUGAACCAAAGGAAGAACAUCUCCCUAAACCCAAGUCAAGACCACUUUCACCUUAUACAAUGUGA